AUGGCGAGCCUUGGUUUGCUGCAGAGAGCCGGGCAGCGGGAAAGGGGUGCUGCGUUCCGUGGCUGGAAGUGGGAGCGGUUAACGCUGGAGUUGGUUCACGCUCAGGUUAUGCUUUGGGGUUUCCCAAGUGACAGUUCGCUCAGCGCCGAGAUGCGCCGUCCUCGGGUCUGGCUUCAGCAAAAUAAGCAGUCUGCUGUUCGUGCAAGAAUUGCAGUUGGCACAAAAAACCAAGCUCACCAGCACGGGAUGUUUGUGAUGGCUUGCUGCAGCCGCCUUCGAAACAUUCAGAGUAUCCUGACACAAAGCAGCAAAUCUCAACCUGAUGGAAUCCUUUGCAUUUUAGGAAUAGAUAGUCGAUACAAUGAAGGUUGCAGGGAACUGGCAAACUAUCUGCUUUUUGGCUUGUACAACCAGAAUAACAACGAUUUUGAAAGAACUGGGUUUCCUGAAGAAGUUCUUGAUGAUAUAAUCAUAUUAAUAAAAGCUGACAGUGUCCAUCUGUACUGUAACCCUGUGAAUUAUAAUCAUCUUUUACCAUAUGUGGCAUACUGGAGGAACUUGCAUUUUCACUGUCUAACUGAAAAUGAGUAUGAAGAUGAAGAAGCUGCAGAGGAAUUCAAAAUUUCCAGCUUUGUAGACAUGGUUCGAGAUUGCAGUCGCAUUGGUAUUCCAUACAGCUGCCAAGGUCAUCUACAGAUAUUUGAUAUGUUCAUUGUUGAAAAGUGGCCAAUAGUGCAGGCUUUUGCACUGGAAGGAAUUGGGGGUGAUGGUUUCUUUACAAUGAAAUAUGAAUUAAUGGAUGUCAGUGUUGAUUUGUGGAAGACAUACAGCAAAAUGGAUCCUGUUUCCUUGGAGGACUUGCUCUUUGAGGACUUAAUGAUUUUUGAACACCAGUGGACCAACUUCUUUGCUAAUUUUGAUACUGAAAUUCCCUUCAUUCUGGAAUUAUCAGAAUCUCAGGCGGGGGAGCCUUUCAGGAGUUAUUUCAGUCACGGAAUGAUCUCAAGCCAUAUAACAGAUAACAGCCCUAGCCGGCAGCCCUUCGUUCUGUUUGGUAGCCACUCAACUAAGGAGAACUUGAACUCCGGUAACUUUAAUUUUCCAUCAGAAGGACAUCUUGUUCGAAACACUGGCCUUGGUGGAAGCACUGCUAAGCAUAUGGUAGUGCAGUGUGUAUCUCCGAAGGGACCUCUGGCUUGUUCGAGGACCUAUUUUUUUGGAACCACUCACAUUCCUUUCUUGGGAAAUGACAAUGAGAUGCACAAGCAAGCUGAACAAGUUACGCUGUUGUCGCAAAUAUAUACUGCUGUUGUAGAGGCUGUGCUUGCUGGCAUUGAGUGCUAUGCUAAAACUUCCAGUGAAUCCAAGGCAAAGGAUGUAGCAGAGCAGAUGCUCAUGUCUGUGUUGGAUACCCUUCAUUUAACACAACUUAAAACUGCAUUGCGUUCCAAAAUCACUUUUCAAAUUCAGGCUGUGAAUAAUCAUGGAAGAAUUACUCCAUUAGAUAAUGAGGACAGCCUGAGUUUGAUUAAAACGGCAUCUAUGAUGGUAUUUGACAUUCCAGACUUGCUCACAGGAAGAGGAUGCUUGGGAUCUGUUGUCUUUUCGGAGUCCUUUCUAACAUCACAGAUACAAGUUAAAGAAAAAGAUGGCAGCAUUCAUUCAGAAACCAGCCACGUAAUACUGACUGCAGCUAUCCCAAGAUAUGCUUCUUGGCUGGUUGAAGACAGUGAUGUGAAACUGUCGGAAAAGGCACAGCAUAUAUUAAAGGAAGACAAAUCUUUUCUGGGCACUUUACUUACUGGAGGCGAUGGAGCAUAUAUUUAUUCUAGCAAUCCACAAGCCAUGCCUGCAGAAGGCAAAUUGUACUUCUUUUCAGAUGGCAUUCUCUUUUCUGAUCCCCACCAUGGCAGCAUUUCCAUUUCAAAGAACCAUAUGAGUUCCAUUUCUCUCUAUGAUGGGGAUUCAACCAGUAUUGUUGCUGCUCUCUUUAUAGAUGUCAAAGGUUCCUUGCUUGCUCAUCUACCAAUUGAAUUCCAUACCCAAGACAACUUUUUGAUGAUUGCACUUUUCCCCAAAACAAAGAUAUAUAAAGCUUUUUAUUCACAGGUUUUCUCUUCAUGGCAAAACCAGACAAACUCAGGCUUAUCUUUAAGGGUUGUCCAGGAAGAAUUCCUGUCUGUGGAACAAAAGAGACUGCAUUCCAGUGUUCAGAAGCUAUUCAACGCCUUGUCUUUUCCUUCUGGGGAAAGAUGCAGGGAGCUGAAAAUAUCUGCUGCCCUUCCAGAAUUAGAGAGGUUUGUGCAACAUUUUACUGUCAGCAGCGUCAGUCAUGAGCCAAUAAUGAGAGCACAUCUUCCUAUUUUAUUGGAACAGUCAGAAAUCAUUCCUGAUAGCAAAGCAGAAAGCGAUAAGGUGGUUAUCACCAUUAUAACUGGUCUUCCAGGAUGUCAUUGCAGCGAUCUGUGCGCCUUUCUUGUAACUUUUAACAAGGAGCAUGGAAGGUGGAUAGUUUAUCGGCAAACUAUGGAUAGUCCUGAAUGUUUCAGUGCAACCCACUUCCAGCGUUACCUCUCCAGUGUCCUGGAGGCUCAGCAAAACCACAGCAUCCAUCAGUCUGCUUAUGCUAGAAGGAAUAAGCGUCUCUUAGUGGUCUUGCAAGGAUAUACUGAUGUUAUUGAUGUUGUACAGGCUCUGCAAACUCAUCCUGACCCUGAUGUGAAGUCUUCCUUCAUCAUUGGAGCAGUUAAUACUUGUGUAGAGCCACUGAGUUGCUAUAUGGAACACAGACUUCUUUUUCCCAAGUUUUUGGACCAGUGUUCACAAGGACUAGUGAGCAAUGUGGUUUUCACAAGUCAUGCUACAGAGCAGAAGCAUCCGCUCCUUAUGCAACUGCAGAGUCUUAUCCGAGCGGCAAAUCCUGCUGUUUCAUUCAUCUUGGCAGAAAAUGGAGUUGUGACUAGGAAUGAGGAUAUUGAAUUAAUUCUCUCAGAAAGCAGUUUUUCAAAUCCUCAGAUGAUGAGAGCUCGAUAUUUAAUGUAUCCUGGCUGGUAUGAAGGUAAAUAUGGAGCUGGGUCUGUCUUCCCUCCAAUGGUUCAGAUCUGUGUAUGGUUUAAUCGUCCUCUAGAAAAAACACGAUUUGUGACCAAAUGUAAAGCGAUUAAGUCAUUGCUCAAGCCAAGUCCUUUUUCUGGAAACAUUUAUCACAUCAUGGGCAAAGUUAAGUUUUCAGAUUCUGAUAAAGUGAUUGAAGUCUGUCACAACACAUCAUCUAAUUCACUAAGCCUUGUGCCUGUUCAGGAGGGGCCAACUCCUCCUGAUUCAAGAAGCGAUAACCGAGAUUGCAGCAGUCAACAGGAGUGCUUCCUUGUGUUCAUUGGCUGCUCUCUUAAGGAAGAAGAUAUAAAAGACUGGCUCAGAGAAACUGCAAAACAGAAACCGCAGAGGAAAGCCCUGAAAACCAGAGGAAUGCUAACCCUUCAGGAAAUAAAAAACAUUCAUGUGAAACGCCACUUGGAUCCACUUCCAGCUGGUUAUUUUUACAAUGGGACGCAAUUUGUGAAUUUUUUUGGUGACAAAAUGGACUACCAUCCAUUAAUGGACCAAUUCAUGAACGAUUACUUGGAAGAAGCCAACAGGGAAAUAGAGAAGUACAACAGAGAACUAGAAGAACAAGAGUAUCAUGAUCUCUUUGAGCAAAAGACAUAAGCACGUGCAUUCUGUGCGUUUCUGAACCGCCUACUGUCAGUAACCAAAAAUGCUGUUGUCCUUGCUGGUUAACUAGAAAAUUAAGUGAAAUGUCAGUUUUCAGCACUCCUUUUAAAAUGAAGAGAUCAUUUCUGUAAGGUUGGCAUUUUAAUAUGGUGACUGCUUAGCUGUUUGUACUGUCAAGUUUGCUUCCACUUCACCUUAAUUCCAGACUGUAGAAAGCAUUACCUGGAAUCUCUGCCUAGUAGUGGAAAU